UAGAAACAUUAAUUAUUCUCGAUUCUGAGUCAGUUAGAAAAUUUAGAUAGUACUCUUAAGAGACAUUAAUCUUUCAGGGAAGCAUCUUUUCGCUCAUUUGUGGAGAUUGAGUUCAUUUCAUUGCAGCUAGAAAUCAGGCACUGUACUAGCCGCCUCGGCUGCAGGGGGUCUUCGCGGCCUUCUCGCUGCUUCGGCUUCGGUCCUGCCAGGAGGACCCCAGGCACGGAACGUUCCCACCGGCGGCCCCUGGAGUCGGGUCGGGAAAAUGAUCCACAGCCUAUUUCUCAUCAAUUGUUCCGGUGACAUCUUCUUAGAGAAGCACUGGAAAAGCGUGGUGAGCCAGUCUGUCUGUGAUUAUUUCUUCGAGGCACAGGAGAAAGCUGCUGAUGUGGAGAAUGUGCCCCCUGUCAUCUCGACCCCACAUCACUACCUCAUCAGCAUCUACCGUGAGAAGCUCUUCUUCGUGUCUGUCAUCCAGUCUGAAGUCCCGCCCCUCUUUGUAAUUGAAUUCUUGCAUCGGGUGGCCGACACUUUUCAGGACUACUUUGGUGAGUGCUCAGAGGCUGCGAUUAAGGAUAAUGUGGUCAUAGUCUAUGAGCUUCUGGAAGAAAUGUUAGACAAUGGAUUCCCACUGGCUACUGAAUCUAACAUUUUGAAAGAAUUGAUUAAACCACCAACAAUUCUACGUUCUGUUGUGAACUCAAUUACAGGUAGUAGCAAUGUUGGGGACACUCUCCCCACUGGACAGCUAUCCAAUAUCCCAUGGCGCCGGGCAGGGGUCAAGUAUACGAACAAUGAAGCCUACUUUGAUGUCAUUGAAGAGAUAGAUGCAAUUAUAGAUAAAUCAGGGUCUACAGUCUUUGCGGAAAUCCAGGGAGUCAUAGAUGCUUGCAUUAAGCUCACUGGAAUGCCUGACCUCUCCCUUUCUUUUAUGAAUCCACGGCUUCUAGAUGAUGUCAGCUUCCACCCUUGUAUCCGGUUCAAACGCUGGGAAUCAGAAAGAGUUUUGUCCUUUAUUCCUCCUGAUGGAAAUUUCCGGCUCAUCUCAUACCGUGUCAGCUCACAGAAUCUAGUGGCGAUUCCAGUGUACGUGAAACAUAGCAUCAGUUUCAAGGAGAACAGUUCAUGUGGCAGAUUUGAUAUCACUAUUGGACCAAAGCAGAAUAUGGGGAAAACGAUUGAAGGAAUCACCGUGACAGUCCACAUGCCCAAAGUUGUGCUGAACAUGAAUCUGACGCCGACCCAGGGCAGCUACACAUUUGACCCCGUCACCAAGAUACUGACAUGGGAUGUGGGAAAAAUUACUCCACAAAAGCUCCCUAGCCUUAAAGGACUGGUCAACCUACAGUCUGGAGCACCCAAGCCGGAAGAAAACCCAAGCCUCAACAUCCAGUUCAGGAUCCAGCAGCUGGCUAUAUCAGGCUUAAAAGUAAACCGCUUGGACAUGUAUGGGGAGAAAUAUAAGCCAUUUAAAGGAGUCAAAUACGUCACAAAAGCUGGAAAGUUCCAAGUGAGGACAUGAAAAGAUGCCAAAAGUCCCUCGAGAUCUGUUUGUUUUCCAAGAGUCACGACAGUUUCAAACUAUUAGGUACCAAGUGGGUGGGAAUAGGUAUCGCAGUUAGAGCAUCCGGGUCCAGCCAUGCACAACUAGCAGAGAGCCGCUUCACCAGAGUAGGAGCCUCACAGAGCUAUAAGCUAAGAAACCUUUGGACUGACUUAGCUUAUUUUGUAUUUUUCACUUAGGAUGAUCUGAGAGGUGAUUUCCUCCAGGAGGUUUGGGAGCGGGGUGGGUCGGUGCUGCCAGAUGUCCCAGACUAUUCACGGCCACCCCUGCUAAGCAUCUGCCUCUCCCCUCCACCGA